UUAAAAAUGGUUAGACUAGUGGGCUGUUGCUAUUUCUUUGGCCUGCGUACUGGAUGCUUUAUUAGUGCUGCGUGGCUACUUUUAUAUUACGGAGCCUUGGCAUACUUCAUGUAUUACCAAAUGAUUCAUACCCAGAGGGCCACAGUAAUUCUAGAAUCCCGCGAAUUUGAAAAGGAAACAAUUGGAUUUUGGGUGCUGGGCAUUGCAUUUAUCGUGAUGGCUUGUACAACUCUUCUUUUGGUAUAUGCGACCAUCAUGAAGAAAUACGUGUUCUUGUUACUGUUUUUAGUGGCACAGUUGGUUCCCAUUUCAGUGGAAUCAUUCUAUUUGCUUACAGCUUUAAUUUAUGGUAUUAAAUUGGAAAGUUUUGUUAUAUAUCUCGUACCCCUAGUACUUUUGUUCUACAUCGAUCUGGUGGUAUAUUCCUAUUUUUAUGAGUUAAGAAGUCUUAAGAAAUUGAGAUCUGUGUCUGAAAUAAAUAUAGAAUACUAAAAUUGUUUUGCGCAUGAAAAUUAGAUAUACUUUUCGUACGACUUAAGAUCACAUGCCACUUUUUCCGGUAGAACACACAAAGACAGCGAUAAGGUUGGAUGGGAUGACUUGGGGCCAGGAAAACAUGUCAAGAAAUAAAAACAAAAAUGAUUUAUCAUAAUGGGAGUUGGAGUCUGAGUCGGGGCCCAAUUCGGAAUCGGAAUUGGAGUUGGAGUCUGAGCUCCCAGCGGCGUUGCCUAAACGGGCGAUAACGGCCAAAACCAAGACCAAGACGAAGACGAGGACGGCAUGCGGCUGAUGAUGGCGACGAACGAGGAGAUAUCGGGCCCA